AUGAAGUAUCUGGAGAUUCGCGAUUUUGAGAGCAUCAAUGAUAAGCUCGUCUUCAAUGCAGAUGACUGUCGUAUCGUCGGCAAGUGCGAGCUCUACACCACAAAGGCUGCAGGGAGUGACAAGAAGCUGUGCAAGUCCAUUGAACGAUCGCUCGAGCAGCGCUACGUCGAGGAUCUCGCCAAGUCGCCCAAUUCACCCUCGAGCGCACUCUCAAAAUCACCAUUUGGACCCCUUAAUCUGUCUGCGAGUCGCAAAACGUUUGCGUACAUCAUCGCAACGAUGAAUGCAUCGCAUCCAGAUCACGACUUCAGCUCCCUACGGCCCUUUGACUUUCGGAAUGAGCGCAACUUGAGUGCUGUUUUGAAUGCACUGAAUACCACACUCUCCAUGCAAGGACAACUACAAACUGCUGGGUUAUGGGAGUUGAUUGAUCGGCAUAUUGAUCUAUCGCAGUGCGAUAUUUACUCCUACGCGCCAGAUGCAGACAGUGAUCCACAUGGCGGUGAUGGCUUACUCUGGUCGCAAUCGUACUUUUUCUUCUCGAAGGAGCAAAAGCGCGUUUUAUACUUCACGGUCCGGGGUUGUUCAUUGCGGAGUCCGCCGUUGAAGGCACGGGACUAUGAGAGUGAUGCGAGCGAUGACUUGGAUGGGAGCAAGAGCGUUGUCUUUGAUAUGGAUGACUUUGCGCUGUAG